AUGUCUCAGUCCGAGGAGGCGCUGUCGCUGCUGGCCGAGGUACAGGCCUGGCGCCCCGAGGAAUGCCUCCGCCACCUCCCCGCCGCCCUGCCGCGCCUCCUCAUAUCCUUCGCGGGCCGGGCGAAUGAGGGGAAGAAGGCCCUCGCGUGGGGAAUGAAGUAUUUAUACUCUCUUUAUCAGGUGGUUGACAACUGGAGCCAGCGUAUUGGUGUUUUAAGGAUUUUGAUGGAGAAAUUUCUACCACAAAUUCGUCUUUCUGAAUUGGAACAAACAUUUUCCUCUAAAAUAUUGCCAAAGACAGUAGAAUUCUUUGAUGGCUUGUUAUAUGAGCUAUCCAGCCAUGCCGAACAGUUAACAAGCCAGAAUGAAGAAUUACAUGUGACAACGAGAAACCAUAUGCAGAAUCUGGUACUUGUGCUGGAAGCAUUAACAGGCUGUGUGCGACACAUCUGUACUUUGCAGGAAACUUUGCCAUUAGAUUAUGUCCACAGCCUUCCCCUCUCUGUUCUUCAUAUAAUCAAGAAGACAUACAUACACUGCAAGAACAGCGAGUCAUUGUACAGUGACUGUUUCUGCUUGUUUUCCGAUUUGCUCCAGUCUCUUUUUAAAGAGGCCUAUGCUUUGCAAAAGCAGAUCAUGGAACUGAUUGAGAUUGUAUCUGUGAACUCCUGUGCUGCUGAUGAGAGUGUAGCAAUUAUGGUAUCAGUGAUUCACAUUCUGUUGGAGGUCUGUUCUGCCGUUUCCAGCAUAGAUCGUGCUCUUCAUGCAAAUACAUGGAAGUUCAUUAUCAGGCAAAGUCUCAAGCACAAGUCACUGAUAAAGAACGGCUUGAAACAUUCUGAUAUCUUACGCAGCCUUUGUGAAGACAUCCUGUUUUCUUUCCAGUCUUGUUUGCAGUUGGCUGAGCAGAUGAAGUGUUCUGGAACCCAGGAAAGCACUGAUUACAAAUUGUUCCAGAGGAUGAACAAACUGUGUAGAUUUUUUGCCAAUUCUCUGCUGCACUACACCAAGGAGUUUACUUCUUUCCUGGUGGAUUCCUGCUCUCUGCUUCAUCAGACGUACCUUCAAAUACACAGCAAGUUUCCUCCAAGUCUUCACGCCCCUGCGAUUUCCAAGGCUCAUCAGGAUGAAAUGGCAAGGGGAUUCCUUGUGACAUUGGACUCUCUUCUCAGUCUGCUGGUUUCCUUUAAGCCUUUCGUUGAAGUAGUAUUAAGUAAAACUCCAGAUCUCCCUUCUGAGCUGCACUUUCCACAGUGUCGACUUCUGCUUUCUGUAAUGGACACAUUGCCAUCUCAGUCCCAGGAUGUGAAAGCUAUUUGGAACACAGGAAAUCAGUAUCCAGAAGAAAUUCCCAGAAUGACCUUGCUUUCAGCCCUCUUUCAUAGUCUUCAGCAGUGCUCCGGCGAGCUUUCCCUUCCUGUUCUUUCUCCAGGAAUGAUGGGAACAGGGCAACACAAAAGCACCUUUUACCACUAUGUCUGCAUCCACCUGUGUACCUUUAUCACAACACUCUCUGUAUCACAUUUUCAUCUACUGGAAUGCUUCUUGUUAGAGACCGUACUUGGUUCUCAUACGAUCAUUGCUCUCCUGGCUAUGGAUGCUUGGUGUUUCCUUGCUAGGUUUGAAACAGCUGAUCUGUGUGCUCAUCAUACAUUUAUAAUAGCACAUUUGAUAAAAGUCUGUCCUGCUGAGAGUUACCAAGCCACUCAGCUGGGGGUCUUGCUACGUCGUUUGCUCUUUUUGAUGACUGCUGAACACCAGGUGAAGUUUGCUGAUAAAUUUCCUCCUAAAGAUACAGAGAACCUGCAGUUAUGGCAGCAUCUUUCUCUCCAAGCGCUUACGCCUCUGCUCAGGCCACAGGUUGCUCGUGAGAUUUUUGUAGUGGGAUUUACGCAAUGUCAGGAGUGGCUGAACAGUGGAAGAUCGUUAGAUGAAUUUCCACAAGUGAACAUUGCUUUCUCUGCUUUGCUGUCUGUUUGCCAGACUUCUGGAGAAAUGCUGGAGCCGGAUCAACGUACAGCUCUGAUUGGGACCCUUGGCCAGUUCUUGGCAGUUCUACAUCCCACAGAGGUAUCGAGUCUGCCUCAUCUACAGCACACCUGUUGCUUGGUAUUUCAACUUCUGCAAUUCUUCAUCCAGAUGUUAGAGCCCCAGUUACUGAUCCAGAUAUUUGCACUGCAAACAUCCCUCAUCCAGCAGAAUCCCUCAGAUCAUAUUCUCAUUGCAAUCUUAGAUUUUCUCUCUUCAAUGGGGAAAGCCUUUAUUGUACCAGACUUCCAGGGACAGGUUCUGCCUCAACUAUGUUGUUUGUUUGCUACAUUGCUGGCCUACAACAACUGGAUGAUUCAACAGCAUGCCAUAGAGGUAUUCACUCAGUUUGCAGAGGAAACAAGCCAUGAGGAUAUUCUUCCCCAGUGUCUUAAGUCGGAAGAAAUCAAAAGCAAAGUUGUUACUUUCCUCUCAAAGACCCAUGAUAUUGAGGAAUCAGCAGAAGCACAAGCAGAACGGAUGAAAAAGGAAAAUGCUCUUCUCAGCUCCCACUUAGGGGAGACCACAGAAGAGAACCAAAGCGACCUGAUUUUAGAGCCCUCCCCCAAAAGGACCUGCUACUCGCCCAGUGAGGUGCAGUACACAUCGGCCAUUGACUCCGCUGAAAGAACACUGGAGGUGCUGAAGCAGCUGCUCCAGAAGGGUCCGCCCCCCAUUUGGCUUGCAAAGAAAUUAGACACAUUACAGAUGACGCUGAGCAACUUAAGGAAGGCCAUAUGUUGACAAUUUAAUUCUUCAUCUCAAGGUGAUUGCCUUAUUAUACAGCUCUAUGCAAGAUGGACAAGCGAAAGCCCAAAAGACAAGCUGCUUCCCACCAUGGACAGCCUCAGGUGUUAAUGUUGCUUGCUCAGUUUAUUUAUACAUGUUACAGGUAUAGAAUGGAAAAAUCAAGGUAGGAAACCAAGCUAAGCAAUCGGCCUUGAACAAAAAUACAUCUCCUUUUUUAGAUGCCAUUCACGUUCAGCGUUAUCUCCCAGGAUAUUUUUCUACCAGCAGGAAGGAUAUAUUACAAGUAUGAUCAACUGUUGCCCUGAGGCCCUCCCAUCUAGUAAAGAAAGCAUCCUGCUUAUAAAUGAAGAUUUGCUGCUAUAUUGUGGUCUUAUUCCUCCAACUUAAGCAUACGCUCUUCUUUUUUAGUCUUUUUCUUCUCUGAAUAUGUAUUAUUUUGAUAGAUAGUAUUAAAAUUGAUAAAUCACACAAUAGACAAUAGAUAAUUUGCUUUAUAGGAUUGACAAGAAAACGCAGUAGGCCAGAUCUGAGUACAUUACAAGCCAGUGUUAUUUUAUUUAGGCUGAAUCUACACUCCCCUAUAUCCCAGGAUCUGAUCCAAGAUUAUCUGUUUUGAACUGGACUAUAUGAGUGUACACUGCCAUAUAAUCUGGGAUCAGAACCUGGGAUAUAGGGGAGUGUAGAUCCAGACUCCAUGCAUUAAACAAAUUCACAUACUGAUAGUUGGAUAUGUGAAAAAAUUCUAAUUAAAAUCCCACUUGAAAAUGGAAAACCAAAGGUAAACUAACACAACUGUCAAUUAGUGAUCAGAUUUUCUUACUGAAAAAAAAAGAUACUUCCUUUUCUACUCUGUUUUCGGUGUUAAACUGUUCAGGAAACUAAAAUAGCAGUAGUCCAUAUAUACACAGUAGUCCACAAAGGUAAGGUACAUGGAAUUCAGGAUAUCAAGAUCAUAGGCAUAAAUCCAUAAGCAUGAAAA